AUGCCCCUGUCCCUGGGAGCCGAGAUGUGGGGGCCUGAGGCCUGGUUGCUGCUGCUGCUGCUGCUGGCAUCAUUUCCAGGUCGGUGCCCCGCGGGUGAGCUGGAGACCACGGAGGUGGUGACCGUGGUGCUGGGCCAGGACGCAAAGCUGCCCUGCUUCUACCGAGGGGACCCCGACGAGCAGGUGGGGCAGGUGGCAUGGGCUCGUGUGGACGCGGGCGAGGGCGCCCAGGAGCUGGCGCUGCUGCACUCCAAAUACGGGCUACAUGUGAGCUCUGCCUACGAGGGCCGCGUGGAACAGCCGCCACCCCCACGGAACCCCCUGGACGGCUCCGUGCUCCUGCGCAACGCUGUGCAGGCGGAUGAGGGAGAGUACGAGUGCCAUGUCAGCACCUUCCCCGCCGGCAGCUUCCAGGCGCGGCUGCGGCUCCGAGUGCUGGUGCCUCCCCUGCCCUCACUGAAUCCUGGUCCAGCGCUAGAAGAGGGCCAGGGCCUGACGCUGGCAGCCUCCUGCACAGCCGAGGGCAGCCCAGCCCCCAGUGUGACCUGGGACACAGAGGUCAAAGGCACAACCUCCAGCCGCUCCUUCAAGUACUCCCGCUCUGCUGCUGUGACUUCGGAGUUCCACCUGGUGCCUAGCCGCAGCAUGAAUGGGCAGCCACUUACUUGCGUGGUGUCCCACCCUGGUCUGCUCCAGGACCAAAGGAUCACCCACAUCCUCCAUGUGGCCUUCCUUGCCGAGGCCUCUGUGAGGGGCCUUGAAGACCAAAAGCUGUGGCAAGUUGGCAGAGAAGGAGCCAUGCUCAAGUGCCUGAGCGAAGGGCAGCCCCCUCCCUCGUACAACUGGACACGGCUGGACGGGCCUCUGCCCAGUGGGGUACGAGUGGAAGGGGACACGCUGGGCUUUCCCCGGCUGACCACUGAGCACAGUGGCAUCUACGUUUGCCACGUCAGCAAUGAGCUCUCCUCGAGGGAUUCUCAGGUCACCGUGGAUGUUCUUGACCCUCAGGAGGACACAGGAAAGCAGGUGGACCUGGUGUCGGCCUCAGUGGUGGUGGUGGGUGUGAUCGCCGCACUCUUGUUCUGCCUUCUGGUGGUGGUGGUGGUGCUCAUGUCCCGGUAUCAUCGGCGCAAAGCCCAGCAAAUGACCCAGAAAUAUGAGGAGGAGCUGACCCUGACCAGGGAGAACUCUAUCCGGAGGCUGCAUUCCCACCACGCGGACCCCAGGAGCCAGCCGGAGGAGAGUGUAGGGCUGAGAGCCGAGGGCCACCCCGAUAGUCUCAAGGACAACAGUAGCUGCUCUGUGAUGAGUGAAGAGCCAGAGGGCCGCAGUUACUCCACGCUGACCACAGUGAGGGAGAUCGAAACACAGACUGAACUGCUGUCGCCAGGCUCUGGGCGGGCAGAGGAGGAGGAAGAUCGGGAUGAAGGCAUCAAGCAGGCCAUGAACCAUUUUGUCCAGGAGAAUGGGACCCUGCGGGCCAAGCCCACGGGCAACGGCAUCUACAUCAAUGGGCGGGGGCACCUGGUCUGA